AUGCCCUUCUUCAAGCUACUGAAGAAGACCGACCACUUCACAUGGACCCCAGAAGCACAAGAGGCUUUUGAGGACUUCAAGAAAUACUUGACCUCUCCCCCCGUGCUGGCUUCGCCCAGCCCAAACGAGCUGCUCCUACUCUACGUCUCGGCCACAGAACAAGUCGUGGUCGAGCGGGAAGAAGACAGACACACACAACUGGUCCAGCGACCGGUCUACUUCGUCAGCGAGGUUUCAGUCGUCACAUCCUAUCCACUCGGCGAUAUCAUACACAACAAGGAAGUGCAAGGCCCCAUCGCAAAGUGGGCACUGGAGAUGAUGAUAUACGACAUCACCUUCAAACCCCGUACUGCAAUAAAGUCACAAGCGCUCGCCGACUUCGUGGCUGAGUGGACCGACGUACAACUUGAAACCGCGCCAGAAGAGCUACCCCACUGGACCAUGUACUUCGACGGUUCCUUACGGAUGUCGAGGGCUGGGGCUGGAGUGGUGCUUAUAUCGCCCAACAGCAAAAAGUUCAAAUGCGUGCUCCAGAUCCACUUUCCAGCCUCGCAUAACGUAGCCGAGUACGAAGCACUCCUUCACGGGCUACGGUUGGCUAUAUCCCUCAGGAUUAGGUGGCUGCUUGUUCGUGGAGAUUCCCAGCUAGUCGUCAACCAGGUCAUGAACAAGUGGACUUGUGCCAACGAAAAUAUGCAAGCCUACCGACAGGAGGUGCGCAAACUUGAAAAUAGGUUCGAAGGACUCGAGCUAGUCCACGUCCUGCGGCACAACAACGAAGCCACCGAUGAACUAGCCAAUCUCGGCUCAAAGCGGCUACAGGUGCUAACCGACAUGUUCGUCGAACACCUCAUGAAGCCUACGGUCGAGAACAAGGGCGAACCCGAGCCAACCCCGGGUGAAGCAGAAGAUGCAGGAGAUAACGGCCAACCACCGAACUCCAACGACCGCACGGUCGCAGUCCUCACUAACGACUGGAGAACCCCGUUCAUCAAGUUCCUCACGGAGGAAGUUCUCCCGACUGAUAAAGCUGAAGCCGAACGCGUCAGCUGA